CUCACCUCCUGUCCAACCUCCCUCCAUGCUUCAUCCCUCCUUAUUUCCUUGACCUCUUGCAUCUCUUAGAGCUUAGAGGGUAUUCUGUGGACCAUGGCGCGAGAAGAGCCGCUCUUGGCCCCGCGCCCUUCUUCCGACCACUCCUCCAUCCGCAAUGCCGAGGAGGAGGACGCCCUGUUGACGGGGAUCCGCACUCGCCGUGAACAACGCCGGGGAUGGACCUUCUGGAAGGAACUCGGACUGUUCACCUGGGCGCUUGUCGCCACGGUGGGCGUGAUCGUUCUCUCAGUCGUCUACCAGCACGAAACGAGUCGUCUCGAUGAUCACUCCAAGGGUCCCUGGGGCCCCGGAGAGAAGCCGACCGGCAAACGGAACCUGAUCUUUAUGGUGUCCGACGGGAUGGGUCCCACUAGUUUGUCCCUGACCAGGAGCUUCAGACAGCUAACAGAAGGCCUUCCCAUCGAUGACACCCUCGUCCUGGAUAAGCACAUCGUCGGCACCUCCCGCACCAGAUCGAGCUCCAGCCUUGUGACCGAUUCCGCCGCCGGAGCGACCGCCUUUUCCUGCGGCUUCAAGAGCUACAACGGCGCCAUCUCCGUGCUCCCUGACCACUCCCCCUGUGGUACUGUCCUUGAGGCUGCCUCCUUGGCCGGUUACAAGACUGGGCUCGUCGUGACUACCCGUAUCACCGAUGCCACACCGGCGUGCUUCGCCUCACACGUGAAUCUCCGCCAGUACGAGGAUCGCAUUGCGGAGCAGGAGAUUGGAGAACACCCGUUGGGCCGGGUGGUGGACCUUAUCAUGGGCGGUGGCCGGUGCCACUUCCUGCCCAACUCGACGGACGGAAGCUGUCGCGGGGAUGACCGCGACCUGGUCGGUCUGGCUAAGGAGAACGGAUUCCAUUACUUGGAUGACCGGGCUGGCUUCGACUCCCUCAACGGGGGUGCUGAAGCCAAGCUCCCGCUGCUGGGCCUCUUCGCCAGCAAGGACAUCCCCUUCGAGAUUGACCGCCGCACCCAGGACGACGUGUAUCCGUCCCUGGAGGAGAUGGCCCGCACUGCAUUGAAGACUCUCAGCGAGGCCACCGCCCACAGCGACCAGGGUUUCUUCCUCAUGAUCGAAGGAUCGCGCAUCGACCAUGCUGGCCAUGGAAACGACCCAGCCGCACAAGUCAAUGAGGUCUUAGCCUACGACAAGGCAUUCGCCGCGGUGCUGGAGUUCCUGGACCAGGACUCCACCCCGGGCAUCGUCGUGAGCACGUCCGACCACGAGACCGGAGGCCUGUCGGCCGCGCGCCAACUCCACCCCGAGUAUCCUGAUUACAAAUGGCUCCCAAGUGUUCUCGCCAACGCCAGCCACUCUUCCGAAUUCGUCAAGAAGAAGCUGAAUGAGUUUCUCGCCGUCGAAUCGAACGACGAUGCGCAGCGCAAAUACGUCCGCAAACUGCUCGAAGAGGAUCUUGGCAUCACCGACGCCACGACAGCCGAGGUCUUUGCCGUGCUCGAUCCCAACUCCCCAUACGAUACUCAGUACGUCUUCGCAGACAUUAUCAGUCGAAGGGCCCAGAUCGGGUGGGCAACCCACGGACACUCCGCUGUCGACGUAAACAUCUAUGCCUCCUCGUUGAAAGACGCCUGGCCGCUGGUCGGCAACCACGAGAACACCGAAGUGGGCGCUUUCCUCGCCGACUACCUGGACCUGGACGUAAAGAGCGUCACCAAGAAACUCCGCUCCACUAACGCGUGGUCCGCGUCGUCCACCGACGAGAACGGCUGGCUCGGCGACCCGCUCGGUGAGGACGUCCGGACCGAGGGCCUGGAUACUUACCACGGCGAGUUCCGCAAGCGCGGCCUCUCCGAGCGAGACUGCGGCUGCGGCGAAACCCACUGACUGCUGACUACCGAUGAUAUGACAUGAACUGAACCCAAUGACUACUACUGCUGCUGCUGCUGCUGCUGCUGCUGCUACGCACACACAUACGCUUACCCCCAUUAUAAGAAACCCAAGAAAUCACAUUAUGAUGUAUCCUUUACCUUGCCCAGUUGGAAAUCCACAAACCAUAAUAAACAUUUUUUACACAGACGGACAGAGAGACAGAGACAGACAGACCAGAACAGACCAGAACAGACCAGAAUAUCUUAAGAAACAAAUAUCAAAU